CACAGACUGGCACUGACACUGAGCUCCCAUUCCUCCCACAACAACCACCACCAGUGGAACUGCAGGUCGCAGUGUGGAGCAGUUAAAGCACAGUAACAGCUCCGUCAGUGCCUGGUGAGGCUGGCAGUGUGUAGUUAACAGCAUGGAGAAGUAUGAAAAGAUUGCCAAGAUUGGAGAAGGCUCAUAUGGAGUCGUGUUCAAGUGCAGAAAUAAAGACACGGGACAAAUCGUCGCCAUCAAAAAGUUUGUUGAGUCAGAGGAUGAUCCUGUUAUUAAAAGAAUCGCUCUCAGAGAGAUCCGCAUGCUCAAGCAACUAAAACACUGUAACCUGGUGAACCUGAUCGAGGUAUUCAGGAGGAAGAGGAAACUGCACCUGGUGUUUGAGUACUGCGAUCACACGGUCCUCAACGAGCUUGAUCGAUACCCCCGAGGAGUUCCAGAGCACCUGGUUAAAAGCAUCACCUGGCAAACGCUACAAGCUGUAAACUUCUGCCAUAAACAAAAUUGUAUCCACAGAGAUGUAAAGCCAGAGAACAUACUCAUCACCAAACACCAGGUCAUCAAACUCUGUGACUUCGGCUUUGCUCGGAUCCUCACGGGGCCCUGUGAUUAUUAUACCGAUUAUGUAGCUACUCGCUGGUACCGGGCUCCAGAGCUGCUGGUGGGAGACACUCAGUACGGUCCUCCAGUGGACGUGUGGGCAGUGGGCUGUGUGUUUGCUGAACUUCUCUCUGGUGCCCCUCUGUGGCCAGGCAAAUCGGAUGUAGACCAGCUGUAUCUCAUAAGGAAAACAUUGGGUGAUUUGAUCCCCAGACACCAGCAGGUGUUCAGCAGUAACCAGUUUUUCAGUGGGGUGUGUGUUCCUGAGCCACAGGAAAUGGAACCUCUAGAGCAGAAGUUUCCAAACAUCUCAUUCCAGGCACUGAGUCUAAUGAAGGGUUGUCUGCGGAUGGAACCUGCUGAGAGGUUAUCCUGUGAGCAGUUACUGGAGCACCCGUAUUUUGACAGUCAGCGAGAGGAGACAAAAAGCAUCACACGAGAGCUUGAUCGAGCGAAAAGACAAGCACGGCAACCUCGGAAACACCUGCCUCCAGGGUAUUUACCGCAGCUCACAGGCAGCAGUAUCUUCCCCGCUGUGGACAACAAAAAAUACUACAACAACAUGCGCAACAAGUUCAACUAUCACUUUCCUAACAUCUGACUCUUCAUGUUGAUCCAUACAGUCCUACAAUUCCCCCCGGUUCAUAUUCAUACAUUUGAGGUAUAACACAGCAGAUUCAAGCCCACCUUCUCCAAGAAAUUCAAAACCACCUACCCUUACCUGUUCUCACUCAGGAAUAGAAGAGACUCUGUGCUGAGUGUUUUCAUCACAGGUUAUUUACAGCUGUACUGUCAGUCAGUCGUUGAUUUAUCUGUUUAUCUGGAUUUUUUGUAUCACUGAUCCGACUGCACGUAUACUCAGUAGGUGACUGACAAAGAGCCCUGCUCGGCAAGUAGCUACACUGGUCUGAGUGUGACACUGCCUUUAGAUUGCCAAAGUGCCAUGUGUGGCAGAGAAAAACACAGAAUCAAAAGAAAGGAGUCAUAUAGAAGCGCAAUGUCUGUGUAUAUAUGUGUAUUCUUCAAAAAGUUUCCGCACUUUUAAAACUUUAUUUAUUUAGGGUUUCAACAAGAAAUGACACCACUUUUCUACACAGUCACCUUCUGAUGCAUUUUUUCCAGCAUCGUAUCAACUUUUUAAUGCCAUCAGCAAAAAUGUUUUUGGUUGAGCGAGUAGCCACUGAUGCACCACUGCUUUCACAUCAUCAUCACAUUCAAAUCUUCUUCCCCUUAAAGCUUCUUCGAGUGUCCAAAAAGGUGGAAAUCAGAUGGCGCUAAAUCCAGACUAUAAGCUCUCUCUCAGUGUCUCAGGCAGGACCAAGUAUUACUCCUCCCACCAUCACUGUUAAAAGUGUGGAAACUUUUUAAAAAUCCCUCGUAUAUAAAUUACAAAAAAGUAAAGGAAUUUUUUAUUUUCUUUUUUAAAAUCACAACUCUAGAAUAUAUAUUUUGUCAGCUGUUAAACACCAGAAUGUUUUGACUGAAUAUCACAGACCUCCCCCUUUAAAUGAAAGUACUGUACAUGUUUAGGGUAAAACUACGACUAGAGGAAUCCUAAGAUUCCUUGAUUAUUGUGUGUUUUUGACGAAUGCUAGACUUUGUUUCUGUGCUGUUAAAGUUUAUUUAACAAGCAGGAAAGUAAGCAUGACACCUCCUUUAAACUUUUUUUAAACUAAACUCUCCAAUUUUUUGGUGUGAACUACAUUUUUGAAUCACAUAAUUUAGGUAAUAGCGAUGUGUUUUAACUUGACAGGCUAUUUUUAUUGCAGCCUAAAAUAUUUAACAGUAAUGUUGUUGCCUUGACGAGCGGUGCUAAUGACCUCUGGGUCAGUGACUUGCACCCGAUGCCAAACCACCGAGACGUGAGCCCACUCCUAAGCCCUCUCUCUCACCUCAUUUUCCAACUCACUUCCUUCUAUCUGUCCUUCUGUGUAAAUAAUCUCAUGUCACGGUUCUUUUCCAAGUCAAAACUGAAUAGGGCUUAAAUGUUUUUGUAACGACUCAAUAAAUAGUUUUCAGCAGUGAAAGUGUUUUUUCUCUUUACUUGUUACUGCAGAUGGAUGAAAUGUUUCUGUUUCUUAAGAAAUAGUGCAUAGCCAAAGGUGUGUAGAUGCCCAUUCAUCACAUAUUUUAGCCACAACUCUAUCCAUAGACAGAUAAUGAUAGUGA